UCGUAUUGUUUGUAUGAGUGUUGUUGUCAUUCAUUCAAACAGUCAGUCAAUCAGUCUCUGUCUGUCUGACUGUUGUUGUGUCCAUAGUUUAAGUCCACAACAACAACAACAACAACAACACUAAAGAUAUGUCAACAUUGGAUCAAUUGGAGACCAAUUUGGAGUCGUUGACCGAAAAUGUCAGGCAAUUGGGUAUAAUUGUUAGCGACUUUCAGCCGCAAGGCCAGGGACAGACUGCUCUCAAUCAGAAACUCAACCAAAUUGUUACAUCAUUGCAAGACAUUGACCGCAUCCGUACGGAUAUGAUUGGCAAGAAUAGCGAUAUUCAAGUGCCGCUCGACGUCUUCGAUUACAUCGAUACCGGCCGUAAUCCUCAGCUCUAUACCAAAGACUGUAUGGAAAAAGCGUUGCACAAGAAUGAGUCCGUCAAAGGAAAGAUCGACUCCUAUCGGAGAUUCAAAGCCAUGCUUUUGGUCGAGUUGUCCAAAGUUUUUCCUAACGAAAUGGGCAAAUAUCGGGCGGUUAGGGGCGAUGAAAGGUCGUCCAAUUGAUCCAAUACCUAUCGGUGAUGACGAUGAUGAUGAUGAACACACCAGUUAUAUCUUUACACAUAUUAAUUACUCUCUAUCUAUCUAUCUGUCUCUCUGUAUAUCAUUUUGUAAAAAAUAA